AUGUUGGUCAAAGCUACUGUACUCUUUGUGAUUCUGCUGAGUAUUCAGCAUUCGUUGUCAAAGAAGAUACCACCAGCGAUUUUUAACGGAUGGCAUGGCGUUUCAGUGGAUGAUCCGGAUGUGCAGGUAAGGAAUGCCGGGAUUGAAGGAGAAACACUGAUGCAGGACUACAUAAGUAUCAGUCUGUCGGAAAAAUAACGGCGGAUCGUCGCAUCAAAAUGUCUCGCCUCGCCGCUGUCGCGCACCAAAUCCCAAGCCGCGGCUUGCAGUCGCAAAGCGAUGAAGGGCGAUUCGGAGGCGCGAAGAUCCGCCGUUAUUUUCCCGACAGACUGAUAUUAUCCCUCUAGCUAAAUAGUUCCAAAGCUAUGGUCUCUUUGACCGCUCUCUCUCGGCAGCAGAGACCGUUAAAUUUCUCGACGGUGCCUGCAAGCGGCAAGCUAAAACUUUGAUGAAUCGAUAUCUGGCCUUUGCCCUUGUGCAAAAUUAAAGAAAAUCUGAGAGUCGCACUUGGGGUACUUCCCAUGUAAGUCGUAUGCCAAUUUCUGUGUUUUUGCCUCUCGCGCAAAAAGAAUAUAUGUAGUAAAUCAUGAGAUUAGUUAAAGGAAUAACAGGCAAGAACGGGUAGGAUGAAUUUUCUCAAAUUGGGUGAAAAGCAUAGCGGAUCUGAGCUUUUUCUGAUCUAGCCUCAGAACCAACAUGAUUUAUUUUUCAGAACCUCGCGGAAGAAGCGGUCAAGAUCUAUUCAGAACAAGAAAAGAAGGAAUAUAAGCUGCAAGGGGUCAUGUCUGUACAACAACAACUUGUGAUUGGCGUUAAUUACAAAAUGGACUUGUAUGCGAAUCGCUCUUUGGGGCCCGGCCACUCACUUCACAUCCCUCUGCACGACGAUGUGUUUGUUGAUGCGGUAGGCAAUGCUAACCAUAGCGUCAAUGAACAUAUUAAUAUUAUGCGUAAAAUGAUAUGUGGUAAAUAAUACCGAAAUAAAUCUUGCAAACACGUUUUUUUGUUCAGAAUACAUAUGUAGAUAUAAAAAUGUGUUGUUUUCUUUGUGAUCCUGCCGAAUAUUCCCAUCUUGUUGUGACAUGUCGUUAAAAAUUUAAUUUUCGCUGGAAUAACUUUGAAUAAUCACAUAAAUUGCCGGCGGUAUAUGUAUACUUUCCAGCAAGGCAUUGUCCGAUUCCACCUUCGGUCAGAAAAGAAAUUCAACGAUCUGGCUGUGGUCUUGCGGUGGUCUCUUCAAUCGACUACCUUCCGCACUCUUGCUACCUGA